CUCAAAAGCACUCGAGGAUCAUGCAUGAGUGGCAUUGUCGGUACUGCAUUGCCAUUGGCAUUGCCAUCAGAUGUCACUUUCCGCAUUCGAUGUUUUCAUUCACUCCUUGACCUGAGGCUUGAGGGCGUUGGAAGAACGCAUUGGGCCACGCCAAGUUGGACAUGAGGAGGCGUUUGCUCUGCUUGCACCUCAAGCAAGUCCUGGCAACGAGGAUUCAAGACCCAUCAAGGACCAUAGCAUUGCCACCACUGCCAGCCUUUGACGCCACAGUUGACUAGGAAGCAUUGUUCAUUCCCAAUUCUGAGUGGCGCUGCGGGAGAUGAAAGGACUUGCUCAGCAUUUGAUGGCGGUCUUUUCUGCAACGGGGCACUGUUUCAGUCCAGACCUGGAAAUAGUGUAUGCUGUGAUGACGGUUGUGGAUGGGGCAAUCUGUGCUGUAGCGGCAGUGCAGUUUUUCCGGAUACACUUCCAAAUACGCAAGUGGACGAGGCAGAAAGUGUUCCAUGCCAUGGUGGCAGUAGCCAAUUUUGGUUACUGCCUCUACUUUUUGAUCAACCCCCGGGCGGCCUGUGGUGGGUGGCCCUGUUGGAGGAACGUCUGUGGCUUCGUGCUACUGGCUGUCCCCCAGAUCGUGUUUCUGGCAACGUUUCUGCUGCUGUUGUCAUUCUGGGUUGAUUUGGUAUACCAAGCCAGGGACCUGGAUGAAGAGGAGGAGGAAGAGGCCGACCACGUGGAGGACGGCCGGGGGGGAACCUCCGAGAGUGAUAGCGGUCAUUCUGGGGCAUUCUUCUCACGGCAGCGAUGGCGGCUCUGGUGGAAGAAGCUGCGGCCACGGGGCAGGAAAGCCGUCUUCGUGGGGGUUGUGGCAGUUAUCUGCCUGCUCACCGCCGUUUUCGCCCUUCUCAUAUGGAUUGGGAUGGGCCACAAUCCAAUAAACUCAGUGGCAGUCGCCGAGCUGUAUGCGGACCUCUUUGCCACCCUGACGUUACUCUGCGGCGGUGGCCUGGCCAUCUAUGGUCUGCUCCUUUACAGCAAGAUGCUCAGGGUCCAGUCCGGGCAGACGUCCGCAGACCUAGGCAAGGUGGCGACGCUGGCCAUCGUAUGCCUCAUCUGCUUCACCUUCCGCGCCCUGCUGGUCCUGGUCAACAACCUGCGGGAUGAGAGCAGCCAGGAGGGCACGGACCCCGCUAGCCCCCUCUACCCGCUGCUGACGCUCGCGUACUACGCCGUGGGAGAGAGCGUGCCGUCCAUCUUCGUCCUGAUCUGCCUUCGAGAGAUGCCCGUCGGGGGCUCCAAGCAGCACCGGCGAAAAAGUUUCUCGUCUGGUCCUUCCUUAGAAGAGCCGUUGCUAGUUCCGGUGGCCAAUGGGCUCCCCCCAGCCGAUGCAGUGCAGCCUGCGGUGGCCCCCUGGAGUGUUGCUCCUCCCGUCCCCCCAAAGCCCGGCGACAAGGCUCACUCCGCGCCAACGUCCACUCUGGAGCAUCCGAGGAGGGCGAAGGCGCAUGCGUUGGGGUCGAAGCGGCCAAUCAGUAGAAGAUAGUGAACAAUGUUGUUCGUAAGAGAAAAGCUUGCUGAUAGCAAUGGGGCAUCCUCAGAUGUUUUGAGUCUUGGAACAAGGAGUCGAGUACAAUAGACGCUGGCGAAACGGGAUCCUCAAAUCUGUAGAACUCCGGCAACCGGAAGCAUCAACCAUGUGGAGCCCCGUUCCAAGGAAAGUAUGCAAGAGAAAAGUUCAUAUCGUCAAAGGAGGCUAAGAUACUUGUAAAUUAGUUCGUGUGGCACACCGUAGGUUUAACGACUUUUUGCCAAAGUACCUCUUUGCUAAUCAUCCCCAUACCGGAUUGCAAUAUAAGAGUAAACAUUUACCUUGACAGCUCCUGAACGCAUUGAUCUAUAGACUGAUGUCAGAAGUGGUGAUAUUAACCAAGAAAAGCUUGGAUCCUCUGGCCCGGUCACAUUGUCAGAUUGCCUGAAUUUCUAAGCUUCACAUUAAU